UUCUUGCUUACUUUGCACUACUGUUGCAAUUAAUUUUCAGUAAAUUCCUCACUGAAACAAUGCUGAUAUAGAGUGCUUUGUGAAGGAUAGCUAUGGCUGGGGCGAAAUUUGAAUAUGACGAGAGCGGAGGCACCUCGUUCUACUUCCUCCUGUCUUUUUUGGCAUUGAUAUUGGUGCCAUGCACUUACUAUUUCUGGCCAUUCUCCAAAGAGGAAGAUGAGGACUCAGGCAAGGGAAAUAAUUGUCUGUGCAUCCCCUGCAUGAAGAAAAGAGGUCGUAGCAAGCAACAGAAUAAGAAAACUUCCAGCAAAACGAUUCGUAUCGUAUUGCUAUUGCUGGGCUGGAUAGCGUUUGCAGCACUAGUGUACAAGGUAUCCACUAUAGAACGUGAAGGGACGAUGUUCGAUCCCUACGAAGUCCUCAGUCUGGACAAGAGUGCCAGCAUGUCUCAGAUUAAGCGUGCCUACCGCAAGCUGUCGCUGCAGUACCAUCCCGACAAGCCGACCGGAGACCAUGCCAUGUUCAUGAAGAUCGCCAAGUCUUACCAAGCGCUCACGGACGAGGACGCGCGCAAGAACUGGGAGGAGUUUGGCAGCCCUGAUGGACCGCAGGCGGCGUCGUUUGGCAUUGCUCUGCCGUCGUGGAUUGUCGACAAGGACAAUUCUCUGUUUGUUCUCGGCGCCUACUUGUUCGCGUUUGUGAUCGUUCUGCCUGUCUGCGUGGGCACGUGGUGGUACCGGUCUAUUCGUUAUACGUCCGAUGAGAUCCUGGUGGACACGACGCGCCUCUACUAUCACUUCCUGAUGCAAGCCUCGCUGUUCCCCAUCAAACGUGCUACAACUGUACUGAGUGGGUCUAUGGAGUUUGAACCAUCGCUGAAUAAGAAGGUAGCCAUUCGGCCCAGUGACAACAACGAACUGCCUGAGUUGAUUCGGAAGUUACCUGACGUGGUGGUGGAGGGAAAGCAAAUGCCAUUCAAUCUGGCUUACAGCGUCAAGGCACGUCUGCUAAUCGGCGCGCACUUGAGUCGCCUAGAGCUGCCACCUAACACGCUGGAGAUUGACAAAAAUCGGAUCAUUGGCUACUGUCCUCGUCUACUGCAGGAGAUGAUCAGCUGUAUGUCUCAGGUCAUGUCCUAUCUACACCAGACACAGCAGAAAGGUCAUCGCGGUCCCACUCUGGAAGCCAUGGAGAACUGCAUGAGACUGUGCGCUAUGCUUGUACAGGGCGUGAAGGACUAUCACAACCCUCUGCUGCAACUGCCUCACUUCACUGCCGAUCACCUUAGAUUCAUGCGCAGCAAAAAGAGGGUUAUUCGCAAUCUUCUCCAGCUGGCUGAGCUUCCUGAGAAGGACCGAAGGGAAAUGCUGCGGCACUUUGACGGACAGGAGUAUUGCAAUAUUGUCAAUGUCCUGUCGGCUCUGCCAUACGUCACACUCGACAGCAUUGCCGAAGUAAAGGACGAUGAAGAUCCCAGCUGCAUCACGGCUGGUUCUCUGAUCACCGUGACUACGCAGCUGAAGAGAAGUACUAUCGGAGAACACUACAAGCUGCUCAGCGUUGAGGAGUUGGUGGCAGCGUACGAGUCAAAUUCUGGUCAUCCCAAUGCAUCUAGUGUCUCUACGGGUGGUAGACACUCAGCGGCUGCUGCUGCUGAUUUUGGCAGUGAAGCAGCGAACUUUGACGCUGAUGGUGACGACCCUCUAGCGAUUGAAGACGAGCCCGAGGAGGACGGAAAGCCUGCCAAGGUAAAUCAAUGGGUAAAGAAGAAGGACAAGAAACCUGCAAAGAAGCCCAAACAACAAAGCAAGGGUGACCGACGUAAGAAGAUGAAGGAGCUCGCUCAGCAGCAGCAGAAGCAGAAAGAAGAAGAGGAAGAACAGCAGCUGGCGCUGGCACGUCAAGCGGAGGACGACGACGACGAGGACGACUCCAGCGGCAGCGAAGGCGAGGAGGACACGGGCACCAGCGAGCCACCGUCACCACGCGCUGCCAACAACCUUGUAGCUCGGCGACGGAAGGGUGGCAGUGCAGCGGCGGCUGCAGGGAAACGCCGUGACAGUGAGUCUGGCAGUGAGGGUGAUGACAUGAGCGGUGGUGAGUCCGAUGAAGACGGCCACGGCAAUAGUGACGAGGACGAGGAGGAGGAGUGGAAGCUGCUGCAGAAGGAGCGCGGCGAUGAGCUGCGACUGGAUGCGCUGAAGAAGCUGAGCCCCGAAGUGCACGCGCCCUUCUUUCCCGAUAAAAAGCACGAGAAAUGGUGGCUGUAUGUGUGUGAUCGGCGGAAGAAGGAGAUCAUCUCUCCGCCCCAGCUUCUUUCCACACUGUCGGGCACAGAGGAGGUGAAGACAGCUCUGCCAGCGCCGCCCAAGCCAUGUGUGCUUCACUACACUGUGGUGUUGCGCUCUGACUCCUACCUGGACGCCGAGUACUGUUACAGUCUCAAGAUUGACGUGCACGAGGCCAAGGAGAUGUCGACGGCGCAAGCGCAAUGGAAGGACUUGGAGCAGGAGGAGGAAGACGAUGAGGAUCUCAUGCAGAUGAGCUCCGGCGAGGAUAUGUCAAGUGACUAUGAUGAUUGAGGUAGGAGGUGUACUCCUGUUCGUUGAGAAGAUGCCGUGGUCCGUAUCGAUGUCCUUGACCCAGAGUUAUCAGGUAGCUGUGCAAGUUGAUGGCGUCAUCGUAUUCUGCAGUGCCUGUGCAGAGACAUUGCCUGUUGCCUUUAUGACGUCAUCAUGUCCUGCAUUGCCAGCGAAACAUUGAAAGCUGUUGUUUUUUGACAUCAUCGUGUCCUGCAGCGAGACAUUACCUGUUGCUUUAGUAGCCACUGCAUGCAUCCACCCGCUGUCAUCCAGCCACUGACGUCACCAUCUGUACGGAUCUUUUGGGAACGUGCCGACAAUAUUGCACGCCCUGUACCUUUCUAGUGUCUAGCAGUGCUGCUUAUGGAGACACGUGUGCAGGCGUUCCUGUGCAUUCGUCUGUCGUGCCCGGAUGGCCGGCAUUGCAGCUCGGGUCUUGGUGUCUCUCCGGGACACCUGCAUCAAGAGCACAAUGUCCGCCGCGCUCUCACCAGCUCUUGAUACAGCAGCUGCUCUCACUGCUGCUGCAGUGUGUCUGAUAAUGAAGUGUGACUACUGGCAUCCCAGUCGGCAUUUACAUAUUUUGCCAACAUCAUUGCUUUCGCUUUGCUGCUGCUGCUACUGCAGGGUGGUUGCUUGGAUGGACUAUUGCGCUGUCUGCUCUUGCUGGUAAGUGGUGCUCGUGCAUCAAAUACCACGCUCGUGUUGAAUUUCUUUGGUGUAUGUGAUCACGCAAACGAGCAGUAACUAUUGCCGCCUGUUCAUGGUAUUUCAUGCGACGUUGCUGCUGCCACACAGGUCUUUGCUGGCUUAUAUCUGCUACAUUAUCUGAUUGCUCGUCUUUACAUGAUCCUUUCUUACUUUCUUGUUUGUUUCA